ACUUAAUAACCAAUGUUUAGAGCCUUAAGUUUAAUGUGUCAAGUUCAAACUUGGAGAUGAGUAGAAAGAGAUUUAAAAGGAAGAAGAACAAUCUGAUGUGGUACGAAAUGAGGUUGAGGACCUAAUCACAACAAUGAAAAGGCUUGGGAAUUUGACUCCUAACGAUUUUGUAAAACAUUGCGGGAGAGAAGGCAACCGAAAAUGGAAAAGUCAUAUUUGGCUUCCAAUUGGUGAAGAUAAAGUGCCUCUUGGGAAAUCUCCCAUCCUCAAGUACUAUAAGUUUGCAUCCAACAGGGCCAAUGCCAUACGCAAACGAAAUGUUUUCCACCGUGACGAGUUCAUAAAUUGUCAUGCAUGCAACAAACCUCGCCGGUUUAGUCAGCGGACGGAGGAGGAACGCCGGCAUUAUCAUGCAGCUACAACGUCCACAAGAUGGAGGUGUUCAGACUGGCUCUAUGGCGAAAUAAACUGCAACGAAGAAGCAGAAAGGGAGAGUAGAAGAAGCUUGAGGGGCUGUCCAGAGGCUCCGGCAUGUAAGGGUUGUCACCGUUGUGUCUGCUUUGGCUGCGUUGAAUGCCGCUUCAAUGACUGCGGUUGCCGCAUCUGUGUGGACUUCAUACGGAACGCAGAACCGUAGGUAUCUAUGAAGUGUUGCUGGUCUCCUGUGCUCCACAAAUGGGGUACACAAAAAGGAGACUUUAAUUUGGUGUCCCAAAGUUUGUCCCAAAGUUGCAUUCCCGUUUAAUGUUUUAAUUUCCAAGGGCAAAUGCAUCAUUAUUAUUUUUUUUUUAUCAAUUAUUAUGCAAUUUACCAAUUAAAUAGAAUCAGUGACUUACA